AGCGACAGUCAGUUUUCUUGUCCCGAGUAGUUCUUGUGUAGUUGUCAACAAUUUUCAUCUUCAUCGACAACUUUCUCACGCUUUUGUCAACAAUCUCGAAAACAGUUUUGACAGUUGAAAAGUGUUAAGUAUUUGUCAAGAAAUCUGUUUUAGAGAAUAAAUAGUUUAGAAGGACGACAAGAACAGCGUCGGGAAGUUUAUUUCAAAUUUAGUACCAGUAAACCAGUUUCGAUUUCGACUCUUUUCUAGUUUCCAGUACACAGCUACAUACCUCAUCUGAAUCUCGCCCGGAUUUUUUCUAUCGGGGCGGCAAUUUUCACCGAUUUUACUUCUUACAAGUUUCCAGCCUAGCCAAAAACUGUCCAGUAUUUUUUACAUCGUGUUUAGAUUCGAUAGUAUGUAGAAGUUGUUCCCCUUUCCUACUUGAAAGAUUGUUCCCCCGGAAUUUUACGUAAGAAGCUCGGUAUUUUUACUUCCGAGCAUUCUAGUAUAGUUUAGUGAUAGAUAAGAUUAGAAUUUCCAUUUUUACACUUAACACCGCGCGUGGUGCGGUAUAAUUUUUACACCAUUGUCGAUUUUACAACAUCAAUCAAAACACAAUGACGACUGCUGUCACGCGAGAGCAGCAGGUCGCAAAUAUUACGAGGAAAAGUCCCCUCUCCCCAUAUCGAAAAGGUAUGUUUCCGGAAAUUUGUGUUGCUGAUUUGAGACCUCAAAUCACGUCUGUCUUGCAAGAAGGCAACUCCACAAGCUCCGCAGCAUUGUGCAGGCGGUUUGUGAUGCUAAUGGGCCUACAGCGCGGACGUUUCUCAUGCUAGACGCCUAGGCCAGAACCUCUCUACUUAGGCUUAGCAUGGGGCUGCAUUCCUCUCCAGCAAGACAAGUCUGAUUUGUGUACGCAAAUCCUGCAUCAGAAACUUCGUUUUGAUAUGGGGAAGGGGGAUUUUUCCUUUUGAUAGCAAAGGGCCUGGAUAACAAGCGUGACCUGGAUAACAACAACGAGGAUUCGGUUGACGGAUCUCAAGACCAGGAUAUGACAGUGCACAACUCCCCCUCCCCCUCAUUUGUAUCGCAUGAACGGCAACACACGCCUGAGCAAGAAUGCCGGUUUUGCAUGACAAAUUUGCACUGGAGUAUAGUGCUACUUAGGCAACCAGACCUUGUCAUGCAAACAGUGCUAAGAGUCAAAGGGUGGAUUGGGUAUUUUGCAUGACAAAUGAGGGGGAGGCGGGGGAGUUGUGCACUGUCAUACAGGACAACAACCAGGAGGACCGCAGUCCGAUUGUCUACGAGUACGAUGAUUUUUCCUUCGAUGAGGAGACGGGCUUGGGGCAGCCGAAAAUUAUCAAACCAUACCGAAGUUGGAAAGACGCCUUGUUGUACGUCUUCACGCCGGCAAGAAUCGUGCUGUUGGUUUUGCUGGUAUAAAACAAGCUGCGUUCUUCUUCUUUUUCAUCUUAACUUCUGGCUCGCUUUUGUUCAGCAUGGUAGAUGACGGAUUUUUCUGUGAUGUCGAUGUGCACAGGGCAGGUUUGUAAAUGCAAAGAAUCUACUCACUAUAGUUGUUUGUCAAUUUUUUAGCAUGAAAAGAAAAAUCCUCUUCUUUCAACAGGUCAUUGCCAUCCCCGCCCUCCCCAAGUUCGACGACCUCCCCACCAGGCACAUCCCUUACUUCCCCAAACGUGUUUUGGCCGACUACAAGAAGAAGUCCUGGACACACAUCGAGAAGGUCAAGUUUGCGCACAAUGGGCUGUCCCCGAAUCCAGAUAAGGAUGUGACCUUCGAGUGGACAGAAUAUGAUGAAGCGAGCCAGCAGGAAGUAACAAUCAAAUGCGUCCCGAACGUGAACAACCGGGCGGGAAUUUCGGUUGACGAAGAGCAAGGGAAAAUCAACGACAAAUUCAUGUCCAUACGCCAGUUUUAUGAAUUGCAAAAGUAUCGUACUCGUAUGAAUGCAUUACAAAUUUCCUCAGCAUGAGAAGGAAAAUUUGUAAUACUGAGGUACCUGCUUAAGGAAAAAAUUUGUAAUGCAUGAUUGCAAUUAAUACGAGUACGAUACUUUUGCACAGGAUAAGUUUGUGGUGUUAACCAUGAUCGUCUGGAUGGUCGUUUUCAUGGUGGAGGGGAUUCCAUAUCAACUGCAAAUAUGUCUGGGUCUGGAAGAUUGCAACUUGUCAUGCUAAAUCUGAGUCAGGCACUAAACUGUGUUGCAUGAUUGCCAAAUGUGGCCCACUUUUGACCUAAUCGAGAGGCAGUUUCUCAUGCAGGAUAGGCAUUAGAAAGACCUCACAGAAUCUGGCAUGCUAUGUCCUACAUACCAGACCUCAUGGGUCAUGGAGAAUCUGCAUGACAAGUCUGGCACUCUUCCAGGAGACCCAGACAUAUUUGCAAUGCAUAUUCCGCCGGAACUCGCGAUUUUCACGGUGAUCCUCUUCAGCUACUUCUUCUCCAUGAUCAGCUAUGAAAUCCCGUUGAGCGAUUACUGCAGCAACGCGAAGCCAAGUCAAACUUUAACCGUGGAACCAUUGCUAUUGCUAGAACAAGUCUCGCAAAUCUACACGGGAUUGUCCUCCAAAAACACGCUACUUUACGCGGGGAUGUUCGUCCUCUCCGCGGCGUUUACAGAAACAAAGAUUUUGGAAAAGCUCUUAGGUUCGAUCAUCGGUAGUCCCACCAGCCAUUUCGGGAUUAUCGGGAGACUCAUGGUUCCGGCGAUGGUGUUGUCUUCCGUCUGCCCAAAUGGACCGGUCACGCAGAUGUGCAUGCCGUUGGUGGUCGCGGUGACCGAUAAAACAGGCUUGUACACCCCAAGAGUCUACUACCUCGCAUUGGCGUUCAUGGUUACGCUUGGCGGGAACUUGACGUUGAUCGGCUCCACGCCGUGUAUCUACGCGUUAAAUGCUUUCAAACUGAAAAAAGACGGGAGGGAAACGCUGCAAACGCAGCAGUGCCGGGAGACACUGAUGGCAGCGCACAACUGGAGAAAGCUGGACGAUGCAGAUGGCAAUCCGGUGAAUUACAAGAUCCGGGAUGUCUGGAACGAUCGGGAACGAGUGCCGGAACCAGGGUAUAGAAUUUAUUUUCAGGGUAUGAAGUUGGUUUUGCAUCACAGAAUAUUUAUUCUCGCAUUUAUUUUCGGAGGUUCGUGUUGGUGUUCGUUGUUGUUGUUCUGCAUUGCAGCGCCCGAGUCGGUCGUGCAUGUUCUCCAAGAGGAAUUGAUUCCAGAUGCUGCAUGAUAACAAACAGAAUGCGUGAAAAAACAAGAAUAACCCAAUUGUACAUUAUCAGUUUCGAAUUCAUUGGCGAGAGCGCUCACUACGAAGAAUUAGUUGCGAAGCAGUGCUCCUUCUCCACCAUCGACGGCGGGUUUUUAAUUCUCGCUUUGCUCGUCGCCGUCGCGUGCAUCCCGACGGUCCGGUUCUGCAUCCACGUCUUUGCGAAAGAUGAGGACAUCGCGAAGGAAAAGCAGAGACAACUGGAAUUGGAAGACGGUUCUGCAGCUUCAUCAGAAGGUGAGCAUGAUGCAGCUCUAUCAAGUAAAGACCUUGUCGAGCACAAAAUCGCGGAAGAUCGCGCCUACGGAGCGGAAGAUGAGGAGAGGAGAACAUCGGUGCAACUAUGAAAUUCAAAAAUGUCUGGGUCUGGAAACUUGUGAUGGUAAAAUGUGCAUGAUGAAAACACUUCCGAAUGCAGUCCGGCAUGACAACUUCCCAAAACGCUUUCUCAUAGGCAAUCCCUAAUAUGAGAAACUGCGUUCUUUUUGAUUGACAAAAGAGGCUGCGACUUUUGUUGGUUAUGCAAUACAGAUUUUCUAGGUAUGGAAAGCUAGCAUUACAAGUUCCAACCUUGUUCCAGACCCAGAGAUUUUUGCAUUUGAUAGUAACUAGGGUUAGACGAUCUGAAAGCGAGAGAAACGGCGGUGGCGUUUAAGUUCACGGAAGGGAACGAAGUUGUGGAGGAUGAAGUUUUCGGUGAGGGCGAAAAUAAUAACACCGCAAUAAACAAGGAGCAACAGCCCUUACUCGACCUGGAAAGCGGCGAGAGAGCCGCACCAGACACCAGCAUGAGAAACCGAUCCAAAUCCGUGAAGAUCGUCCCGGAGCAUUUGACCCGACGGGGGACGACCUAUGAACUGCAAAAGUAUCGUACUAGUAGUAAUUGCAAUACAAAUUAGCUCAGCAUGACAAAUGGAAUUUGUCAUGCUGUUUUGCCUUGGGAUGGAGAUUUGUAAUGCAUAACCGCGAUUACUACGAGUACGAUACUUUUGCACUGCAUACGACCACCGGAGAGGCAAUUUCGAAGUACCAGAACGGGAAUGUAUCGGUGAUUCCCACGAAACCAGUGCUCGACACGAGACACGCGGUUUACGAUGUGGAAUUUAAAGUGACGAAGGACUGCAAGGCAUUAUUGGGGACGACUUUGGAAGAAUCCGCGCUGUAUCGGAUGAAAGACGUGGAGAUUUAUUUACACGUCGCCGCCGGGACAAAAAAGCCGGCGUUCGCAACGCGGGCGGAAGAGGUAUACUAGAUUUUUUUGAGAAAAAUUUCCCUUAUUUGCGGAUGGUCGGUGUAGGUCUACUGGAUAAUGAAUUACUUAUGUCCUUCUCAUAUGUAUCGUCCCGUAGCUGUGUGAUUAUGUGCUGGCACAUUUUUCUUGCAGCUUCUCCGUGGCGCGGCGGUUCUUGCAACGCAAAGUCCAAUAUGAUUUUUUAUCAAAAAAAAAUCCUCAACCACCAAUCAAAAAUCCCAGCUUCCCGAAAUGGGCGCCCUGUCCGUUUAUUACGAAGAAGAUGGAACAACGGCCGCGCCCGUUGCACCAGCGGCAUCCUCAACGCCAGCAAAGCCCGCAUCCUCCUCAUCAUCGAAAGCCAGAAAUAACGACGAUAAUUCCCCCCUUUUGAUGAAGGACCCGUCUGAAAUUUUCCUUCAGCCCAACUGCGUGUUAGGUAUCCGCGCCCAGGCGUCGACCAUCGGGAAGUUGCAGAGACAGUUCCUGGGAUUAACCCCCAACGCGGACUACUACGAGUUGUUAGGAAGAUCGAGGAAAACGAGACAGAUGUACGAGAUGGUCUUAUCCGAGAAAUAUUUGAAAAAACUCUCCACGAAAAAAUUCUUUCUGGAACACGACGCGGUGAUUCUCGGCGUCGACGAGGUGAACGGGUUUGUGUUAGUAGAAGGCUUCCAGGUCUUCGGGCAGCUCGCGCAGAAGGGGGGCCGGUUCCCCGAGGUAAAAAUGGUGUCUGCGGUGAUCGGUUCUAGCCCACCGAGGGCAGUGUCAACUUUUGACACGAUCCGCGGUUUUGUCGCGUUCAUCGGGUUUUUGAUCGUCAUUGGGAUUACCGCGAUACCGGAACUGAAAAUCGGAAAUUUCAAGCUGGACGACCAGUUCGCGACACUGAUCAUCGGGUUGGGAGUGGUAGUGAUAUCAUGCAUUUUACAAAUCUUUAUUUCCGCAUUGAUGCAUCAAUAAAAGAACUUCAUUUCGAUUUCUAAAGCUCGUCCGGAGAUUUUUUGUCAAAACUUUAUUUUUGCUCCGGAUUAUUAUAUGGGCAAGGGCAUGAAAAUGAAAUAAGUACAAACCCUUAAAUUAAACUUUACCACAGCUCCUCGUCGCCCUCCGUUGCAUCACCUGGAAGCAGGCGAUCGGGUCCAUGAACGCCGGCGUGUUACUCCUCUUCGCCUUUGCGGACGCGCUACAAGUGAUCAUGGCCAACAGCAAAACGAGUGAAUUCCUCGCGCAGAUGAUCGAUAAAGUCACGGCUGGGAACAAAGCGCUGAUCGUCUUUUUCACGGGGAUUGUCGUGUCCGUUUUGACCCAAUUCCUCAACAACGCGACCUGCACGCAAAUGCUGUGGGACAGCACCUUAAACCUCUGCUACCGAUCCGGAAUCCCGUUUAAACCAAUGAUUUGCCUCCUGGCGCAAACCUCCGGCUUCGCGUUCUGCACGCCAAUCGGGAUGCCGCCGACAUUAUUGGUGAAAGUCCCGGGAAACUACGAGUUUGGGGACUAUCUGCGCGCCGGGUGGUUGACGCAGGUCGUGGCGACGUUUUUGACGUGUCUGCUGGUGUCCGUGUGGGUUGCUUAUGACACCGGGGACGUGGAGGAAAAUGUGAAAUUCUUGUUCUCCUGGUAAUCUUCGAAGUAGGACGACAAGGAAGGAGAAGCAAGAAUCACAACUGUUAAGAGUUUCCAUUUCGCGAGUAGAAACGAAAUAUUGCGAUUAAAAUGUAUGAAGCACGACCAAAUCGCUUCAGAUCAGUUGAGUUCUACGCGAGAUGUUGACAACAUCUAAUGAACAACAGCGACCGAUGAAAAUGUUUUAUCUCCAGUGGGACUCAGUAUAUGAGAUGACCACAGCUUCAGCUGUUCAUCGCUAAAAGUAGAGUAGUUCCACUCACACCAAAGUUUGUUUUGUACUGCUUCCGUUUCAAAAAUGUCACACUAUUUGUUCAUCAACACUUUUAGAAAACGCAACGCAGCGCCCACACCAAUAUUAUUGAUUACCACCAAGUAGAAAAACAUACACAACGAACACCCAUUUGCCGAGUGGCUCAAUUGGAGCAAUUUUCAUUUUUCAAACAGCAGCUUCGCGCAGAGCCAGAGCCUAGGCGAGGCCACUUGAAGAAAUUGAAAGUUAACCUUAAGCACCUGUUACACACAAGAAUUUCAAUAAGCACCGAAGUAGUACUUACUUAGAACCGAAAGCAGUGCUUCUGUUGGCGACGCUUAACUUGAUGCUACUCCGUGCUGUUUCUUCUUCAUCAUCAGGUUGGCUCGAAAAACAGAAGCUCAUCUGACGAUUUGAGAAAGUAGUAAACUGAUAAAGUGUACACGUUAUGAUUUCUAGUUCUACACUGGCGCCGAGGUCGCCCUCGCCGGCCACGCUGAGUAAACUUGUAAGACGCAAGAAGUAAAAGUAGUUUACUCUCACACCAUUUCCAUCAGGUACGACGAAGUUUUUUCCUAUCAAUUCAGAUUGUCGACAGGAGGAUUUUGGACCAAUGGUUCCAUGAAAAAAUCAAGCGGAGGAGGAAAUAACUCGAGAAACUUUUUUCUACACAAAAUUUCAAGGAAAAGUUGUUUGAAGAAAAUCCAAUGAAU